GCCAACAGUGGCAUCUUGAGAGACCAGCGAACCCCAUCACGUCUCUCCUCCGAGUGACCGAGGGGGGCUAACCCUAGCCACUGGGGCAAGGCAAUCUCAUCUAACCUCCUCCCCUCAGGCCCUCACCGCCACCGGCGCGUGCUGCCGGGCUCUCUCUUCCACGCUCAACUCAAGGCAGCGGUUUGGGCGAUGGCGUGGUGCUAGUCUAUGGCACACGGAGCCUGACCGAGCUCGAGUGCUUGUAUGGUGGGUUGCGGAGGGUUGGGCUGGGCGGGGCCCUGGUGUGUGGUGUUGGCGACUGGCUAGGCCUCGCCCCAGAUCUGGUGUAGACAGGGCCAUGGUGGUGCUUGGGGGCUGCUUGGGGCGUCGCAGUGGCGGUGCCAGGAUCAAAACCUUGUGAUGUCAAGUUUCUCUCACAUUUUCCCCUUGAAUUAAGUGGCAUAUAUAGCCCGCUAUUUACCCAAGACUAGAAAAGAAUGGCUGCGUCCGACCAGAAUGAUAUGUCGCUGGUGCGGAGAACGGUGCAAGAGCUGGCGGUGGCCGUCGAGGAGCCGCCGCCACAGUACGUGGUUGAUGAGAUGCUGGUCGCUGAUGAGAUGCCGGAGCCCAUCCCUCUGAUCGAUCUUAGCCGGCUGACCGAAGCCGACGAGGCCGACAAGCUCCGAGCGGUUCUACAGACCUGGGGCCUCUUCCUGGCGACCAACCAUGGAAUCGAGGAGUCCCUUAUGGAUGCCAUGAUGAGUGCGUCCAUGGAAUCAAGAGACUUCUUCAUGCAACCGUAUGAAGAAAAGCAGAAAUACAGCAACUUGAUAGACGGCAAGCAUUUCCAGAUGAAAGGCCAUGGAAAUGACAAAGUAGUGACCCCCCAGGAUGAGGGCCUGAGCUGGAACGACCGCUUGCAUUUGAGAGUGGAGCCAGAAGAUGAGAGGAAUUUCGCCAAGUGGCCCACUCACCCGGAAUCUUUCAGGGAUGUGCUUCAUGAGUACGCAUCAAGAACAAAGAGAACAAGAGACCUUCUCUUGCAAUCAAUGGCCAAGCUCCUCGACCUUGAUGAGGAUUACUUCGUCAACCAAAUAUCAAACAAGGCUUCUGGGUUUGCUAGAUUCAACUACUACCCUCCAUGUCCCAGGCCUGACCUAGUUUUGGGCAGGAAGCCUCACACUGAUGGUGGUCUCCUUACCAUCCUUUUUGUCGACCAAGACGUCGGUGGCUUGCAAGUUGAGAGGGGUGGGAAAUUGUACAAUGUUCCAGCCAAGCCUUACACAUUGGUGAAUAAUGUAGCAGAUCCAACCAGAUUGUUUGGUGCUGCUAGAAAAAUAGACUCGUUCAGCUAUUUGGUGAGCUCAAGAAAAUCUAUCUGGAUUCUUUCAUACAGUAACAACGUCUACAUGAAGAUUGAUUGA